AUGUGAAACAUUUUUACAGUAAAACUCACAAAUUUUAAAUGUUCAAGGGAAUUGUUCAUAUACGUGUAUAGUUAGUAUCCCUACUCAGAUGAGAACAUUUUAGAACAUUUUGGAACAUUUCUAAUAUCCUCGAAAAUUUCCUCACGUUUCCCUAUAUUUUCAAAAUGAACAAGAAUACAGGAUAGUCAAAAGCAAUAGGUAAAUCAUAAAGAAUCCGAAAGAAGCGUAGUAGUAUCCUCCGAUAGCUCAGCUGGUAGAGCGGAGGACUGUAGGGUGUUUGAAGAUGGUCAUCCUUAGGUCGCUGGUUCGAAUCCGGCUCGGAGGAGUUCCAUUUUUAAAAGGGUCUCUUCUGGGCCUGAAAUAAGGAAACUUGGAGAACGCAAUGUACAGCUUGCUUAUUCGUGAAUUUGUAAGACGCUCAGAGAAGGAAAAUAAUCCACCUUGAAAAUUGCUAGCAAGGGUUUCUUCACGGACAGUCGAGUGGGACUCGAUUUUCACCAAGUUGAGAAGGGAUCAUGAGGAAUGUGGGGAACGGGAAGAACACGCUGCCCCAAGGCUUCAUAUUUUUUUUUUGGCUGUUCCACGGUCCUUUAGCACCCCCUGUUAUAUUGAUACUUGGUGUGAAUAAACAUUUUAUUAAUGAUAAUUUCAAAUAUAUACAAAGUAGAGAAAAUAGCAUGAAGAACUACCAUUAGCCACCACACUGGCACAACUGACCGACACUCUUGCAUCCAUCAUGCCCCUCCCCUAGCUCCCGAUCUUUUAAAGCCACCCCAACACGUGUUCUCAUUUCAUUAACUGUACUGUGUUUUGAAGAUGUCAGUGUUUAUAAUUAAAUAGCAAUAGACGGAGUUUAUCGCUCUCAUCGUACCCCGCUCCUCUUCAAAAAAGGAGCAGUGGACACUUGACAGAAAGUUCUCUUCAAUAAAGUUAAUGAAACAGGCGUGUUUGAAUUCGAGAAGUCUAUUAUUAGACUUUUAGACACUCCAUGAAAGAGUGCAGGGCCCUGUUACUUUAGAAAUUAUACUCGGGGACUGGCAAAAACAGUCAUCUUCUGAUUUUAAUAGUGGACACAUUUACUCCCUGCUUACAUUCUCUGGGCUACUCUGCGCUCUUGGAGCGAGAUGGGAAAUUUUGUCAGGCCGCAGCAAGGGCGGAUUUAUGUUGAUAGUCGUCAAACUCGCCCCGGGCUGCUUCCAGAAAGCUAACCGGAUUAUUUUUACGCGGUUCCCAGCACUGUCCUUUGCAGUCAGUUUGUCGCUGGCGCGGAUGGGAAGAACUGAAACGCCUCAAGGGUGGGGACGGCGCCCCCUGCUGGUCGCGCCCUCGGGCGACGAUAAGAGACUGAGGACCCGAGCCCGCGCGGGGAAAACUGCCCUGAGCUUGGCUUAGGGAUGGUCCGCAGGCCUCCUGGUAGUAGCAGGACCGCCGUGGCCCGGUCCGUUCUGCGGUUGCGUAGGUCAUAGAAGGAAAAGUGGUUUGUGAUCUAAUGGGGAAUCUGAGGACAGACCCAGGGAGAGCAGAAAUAAGCGCGCCGCCAGGGGGUCGCCAGAAUUGGAGGCUUGUGCGCCUCUAACAAGUAUUUGCAACAUAAGUAUGCAUAUGGAUAAUAUAUCAAUACACACGUGUAAUAGAUGCCAAACAAAUUAUUCAAAUAAUUGUCACACAUUUAAAUUUUCAGACAUUCACAAAAUCAAAUGUAAAAUAUUAAACUGAAAGUUCACAACUUAAAUUUUCAAAAAUUAAAUCUAAUUUCCAAAAUUAAACUUUUCAAAAUUAAAUUUUAAAAUAUUCAAAAUUCCGAGGUAAAUUUCCAGAAAUAGUUAAAACUUCAAAACUCAAAAUUUUUAAAUGAAAUUUAUAAACUUUAAAAGGUUAGUCAUUCCUCAGCUGGAAUCGCACCCGGGGCCCUUGAAUAAAAUGCUAUUUUGAUCGCUAGAACACAUAGAAACUUCUCUAAAAUUGUUCCGCAAAAUUCCCUAAAAAGCCGGCAUCAACCCGCCUUUUAGCGUCUCGACAAGGCGUUCUAUAGGGUAGGUUAUAUUUGGGGAUCUGCCUUUUCUGGUUCUGCCUGUCCUGAGUUGGAGAUCUGACCGGGAAUCUGAGCCUAACCCAAGUUUCCCAUCCCGCUUCCGCGCUCUGAAUCAGGCUUCCGACCUGACACACCACUUCCUCCCUCUCCCCUCGGCCUUCCCCUGGACCCGACCAUAUUGCCCAAUCAUUUCCUUUCAUUUGUCAUCACCGCCUUGGACCCGCCCCCUCGUCUCAGGCCGUCGCACGCGUUUUGCGUCAGUUGGCAAGGCACUUUACGGCCGUCGUGCUGCUCGUGUCAGUCAACAUGGAGGCAGAGGAAUCGGAGAAGGCCGCAACGGAGCAAGAGCCGCUGAAAGGGACAGAACAGACACUAGACGCGGAGGAGGAGCAGGAGGAAUCCGAAGACGCGGCCUGUGGUAGCAAGAAGCGGGUAGUGCCAGGUAUUGUGUACCUGGGCCAUAUCCCGCCGCGCUUCCGGCCCCUGCACGUCCGCAACCUUCUCAGCGCCUAUGGCGAGGUCGGACGCGUCUUCUUUCAGGCUGAGGACCGGUUCGUGAGACGCAAGAAGAAGGCGGCAGCAGCUGCCGGAGGAAAAAAGCGGUCCUACAGCAAGGACUACACCGAGGGAUGGGUGGAGUUCCGUGACAAGCGCAUAGCCAAGCGCGUGGCGGCCAGUCUACACAACACGCCUAUGGGUGCCCGCAGGCGCAGCCCCUUCCGUUAUGAUCUUUGGAACCUCAAGUACUUGCACCGUUUCACCUGGUCCCACCUCAGCGAGCACCUUGCCUUUGAGCGCCAGGUGCGCAGGCAGCGCUUGAGAGCGGAGGUUGCUCAGGCCAAGCGUGAGACCGACUUCUAUCUUCAAAGUGUGGAACGGGGACAACGCUUUCUUGCGGCCGAUGGGGACCCUGCUCGCCCGGAUGGCUCCUGGACAUUUGCCCAGCGUCCUACUGAGCAGGAACUGAGGGCCCGGAAAGCGGCACGGCCAGGGGGGCGUGAACGGGCUCGCCUGGUGACUGCCCAGGACAAGGCACGCUCCAACAAAGGGCUCCUGGCCAGGAUCUUUGGAGCCCCGCCACCCUCAGAGAGCAUGGAGGGACCUUCCCUUGUCAGGGACUCCUGAGGGCCUGGGUGGCCCCUUCCAUUUCCUGGCCCUGCAGUGCUUCCUGUCUACCUCAUACUAGAAUGAUCGUGACUACCCAGGCAGACAUUUUACUGUGUUUCUCAGACCAAGUGUCUACUGAUGGCCCAAACGUGGAGUCUUGUGGGCUUCCACUAUCCCCACUCCGAACUCCUGUAUGUGCCUGGCUGAGUCACCUAAUUCAUACUGUCAUACUAGUAUGAUUAUGACUAUUGCAUAUGCUUGUUUUGUUUGACUCUUGGCUGCCUACGUCUGUAGGGUCCCCUAAAAAUCCCACUUCCUGCCCCCAGAAAGGGCCUUUAUUUCCAACUAGGGGGAUAAUGCCUAGUCCAGGCAAUCUUUCUCUGUUUAGCAGUCACAGGUGAGAGUGGUAUUAGCAUCUUUUUUAUGUAGAAAAAAUUGACAGUUAUGGGGUGGACUGGGUUGGGAAGAAAUACAUUUCUUCCUGAUGUAUUUAUAGAAAAUAAAAAUAUUUUUAUAUGCCUUUUUAUUUUUGUUGGUGGGGGGGUCAUUGGACAAGUUCCAACUUUCUUUUUUUUUUUUUUUUUUUCUUUUUUUUGAGACGGAGUCUCGCUGUUGCCCAGGCUGGAGUGCGGUGGCGCGAUCUCGGCUCACUGCAGGCUCCGCCCCCCGGGGUUCACGCCAUUCUCCUGCCUCAGCCUCCCGAGUAGCUGGGACUACAGGCGCCCGCCACCUCGCCCGGCUAAUUUUUUGUAUUUUUAGUAGAGACGGGGUUUCACCGUGUUAGCCAGGAUGGUCUCGAUCUCCUGACCUCGUGAUCCGCCCGCCUCGGCCUCCCAAAGUGCUGGGAUUACAGGCGUGAGCCACCGCGCCCGGCAAGUUCCAACUUUCAUCUUGUGUUCCCUUCACCUUCAUAUCCUGAUCUUAGAGCCCCCCUCCCACUGCCACCCACCUUACUGUUUAACCUGGAUUUUUUUUUUCUAUUUAAUUUUUGUCUAAUAUCUUAGCCCAGUUUAUCAAUCAGUUAUCUUAAGUCAGCAUUUUCUAAGCCAUUGUUUGAGGAAACAGUGACAAUAGGUAAUAACACAUCUUAGUAUUAAGAGUUUUACAGGCCACUAUUAUAAGAUAGGCAUCGUGGUAGAUGCAUAUAAAGGGUGGAAUGGGAGCCAUGGCAGGUCAUAGAGUCCUCUCAAUGGGAACCUGAUUGAUGAUCACAGUCUUCAGUGGUAAGUCAGUCCUCACUAAGUUUUCCAAAUCAUUCUUACAAAGUAAACUGGGAGAAUAAUAAGUCUGAAAGAGUCUGGAGUGCUCCCACAAUUGCAAAGAAUGCUUCCUGGGUGGAGUGUCGAGUUGGAACCAUUGUAAAGGUGGGCAAAGCCUAGUAGAGAACCAGUGCACCUGAGGUGCACUUAUAUAUGGUGUGGCUGAGACAAAGCAGCCCUGUAGGCUUCAAAGAAUCAGUGUAAGCCACUAAAAGGAACUGGAAACCUAGGUGUCACAAUAAACAGUCUACACAGUCUCACGUAGACCAAAAUUCUGAUCAUUUUCCAGGCUGUUGCAGGAAGUGGUAGAGUAUUAUUAUAAUUUGUAUUUUGCUUGUGCUGUUUGUUUUUGUUUUUCAUCUGUCAAUGUGAUGAUCUGUGUUUUGUGGGGUAGAGUGGAUUUGUCUACUUUGGCUGUAAAAUACCCUAACCACAUUAUCAUCUUGAUAGGUGCACUUUACUGGGGAGAAUAAAAAGGACCAUACGAUAAA